UAACAAUUAUUGGCCGUACAGACAACAGGUAUUGCUGUCAAUCUAGUAUAUAAUUAUGUAUUCUCUAAAACUUCAUAAUAUAUUAAAAAACGCGAGUGGAGUUAGAAAGCUAUGUAGAUAUAAAUGCAAAUUGCCUGUCUUGAAUGAAAAGCCAGAUCCCAGAAAUAUAACCAAGGAUUAUGUGGGUCCGCCGGACAAAAAAUCAAACAUACGGCCUUACGUUAGAAAUAUUCCCAAAGAUGAAACCGCUUUAGAAAAGCGGUUAAGGCAUUUACAAGAGGAGGUUGAAAAAUGGAAUCAUGAAUUCUGGUCAAAUCAUAAUACACAUUUUUAUCAGGAACGAGAGGAAUUCAUUAAAACACAUGGUGCUGGAAACAAUGGUGAAGUAUCUGCCGACAAAAUGAGUGAAUUUUACAAGGCGUUUUUAGAUAAGAACCGAAAAAACCAUUUCCGCUAUAACUUUUCAUGGUAUUCGAAAAACUUUGAAAUGUUGAAAUUAGCUUUCAGAGUUUCUCUUGAGCGCGCAUUAAAACGAGUAAAAACAAAAAGAUUGAAAUGAGAUACA